GACUCCUCAUCGACCUAUCUGAAACCAUAAAAUCUCCUCUCUUGACGACUUGGCGUCAGGCGCCGGCGGGCUCCAUCCAUGGCUGGAUUCCCGUUUUUAGCCGGUAGUCACCUGCUUCUGAUGAAAUCGUCCCGUCAACGCGACCAAUCUCGCUCUGCUCCGUUGUUGCAGCCGCCGGGAACUGCAGCGAUCCAGGGGGACCGUUCCUUCCGCGGGAUGGAAGAAGGCCGGCGACCACGGCGGACCGCCGCCCAGAUAAAAUUUUGGUCAAUCUUCAUCAGGGGUUUUACACUCACAGGUGGCAUCGCAUGGGCGGUUUGGCUCUUGGUGGUGCGAUUUGUGUACCAGAAUCAAGAAUUGCAGGACAACUUUACAAUGAUACUUCUUUUGAUCCUUUCUCUCGUGCCGGCAGGAUUCUUUUGGUGCUUAACACAUGAAGAUAUGCAGACACCUACUCCGUCCUAGAUCAUAUCAGUGAUUAAUAAAAUUUGCGUUAUGAGGGGUAAAGCAUACAUUCAUUUUGUAUUGAAUCAUAUCCUAGAAAAUCUUGUAGUGAAUCGUUUGCAUACAGAACCUACAUUGUUCCAUUAUACUCCCUCCGUUCCUAAAUAUAAGUCUUUCUAAAGAUUUCACUAUGGACUA